GACACAUACAAAUAUGCUGCUUCAAUCGAAGUAGGACAGGAAGACAACUGUCUGAACAUAAUGACAGAAAAAACGCUGGUAUUGGAGGGUCUGCCAGACGACAUAGACAAAAUCAGACCCAAGUUGGAUUUGCACUUCAAAAACAAAAGAAAGUCUGGAGGAGAGACAUUACAAAUUCAAGAUUAUCCUGGGGACAAGAGGAAGGCUUUGCUUGUUUACCAUGAAGAUGCAGCUCUGCAGAAAGUGUUGGAUAGAAAAUGCCAUAAAAUUGAUUUCAAAAUCCCUUUUGGGGUGGUUGAGCUUCGAGUGAAACUGAAGGAAGAUGGCGGUGAAACAGAAGUGAAGAAAGUUAAACCACCAGUCUUCCCUCGCCCUACAAAAGACAAACUGAUUUCUCUAGGAAAGUCUUCACCUAAAGUUGAAGAGAAGCCAGUGUCAGAGAGUCUAGCGGAUUCAGUGACGGAUAAUGACAUAAAAUUACUACUUGUCAGAACAACCAAGGAAUGUGAAAAGGAGGUCCUUAACUUGUAUUUUGAGCAGUUUGCUUCAGAGGAAGGAGAGGUCAGCAUUACAAGACAUGGAAAGAAUAGAUGGGUCCUUAAACUGUCCUGUCAGUCAGAUGCAGAGAAAGUCCUUGCCAAGAAGGAGCAUCAGUAUGGCAUUUCUGUGGAGGUGUACAAUGAGACAGCUGUUGAAGGGAAACUGGACAAAAGACGCUUCAUCCUGACUGGGUUCAACGAGACCUGCAAGUGCGACAUUGUCUCUCUAUACAUCGGCAGCUGCAGCCAAGGGGCUGAACAUGUCUGGGAGACCCUUGACGAUGGAGAAAGAGUAGUGGUCACCUUCAAACAGGACAUUGACAUCAAGUCCUUCCUUAGGAAAUGCUUGUCAAAGAAGUUCCAGGGCAUGGAGAUUGGGGCUUGCCGUUUAGAGCUGACAGACUCCGUCCUUGUCCAGGGGGACAUGAGCCAAUACAAAGGAGAGGUGGAGGAGGCCCUGAAUCUCUACUUCUCCAGCAGGAGGAGCAAAGGAGGGGCUAUCAGGUCCCAGAUUUGGGUUACAAAUGGCAAGAGCAUGGUCAUCACCUUUGAAGACUGUCAUGUUGCCCAUCAGGUGGCAGAACACAAGCAUCAUUUUGGUGGGGUCGACCUCAUAGCUCAGCUGUUCUACUCGAGCCUGCAGAAGGCUUUGACAGGACAAACAGCCCUCCUCCCAGACAUCCCCACUGAAGUGACCCUUCCACUCAGUGUGGAACUCCUUGACUUCAUUAACCAUGACGAGACCCGCAAGCAGGAAAUUACAACUGGACUCCUUAGGGUCCAUGCUAGAGUUUCCUUCAACAUGAGUACAGAACCCCCUCAGAUGGAACUGAACAUGACCAUGGAGAAUGAGUCUUUAGGCAUGCUCAGAUUGUUCCCUACAUGGGAGAGGAAAGCCCGGAGACAGGCUCUGGCCUUGCUAAAGAAAUAUAAAGAGGUUCAGCUGCCCAUAGAGGUGGAGGCCUGGGAAAGGAUUGAGAGCGGUUGCCUUGGCCUCAAAUCCCCUGGCGCUAGCAUCUCUUACAGGAGCACCAGUGCUGAGAUAGUGGUGGUGUGCGUGCAGAAUGAGGCGAAGACCCUAGUGGAGAAGAUUGAGCAAAUGGUGAAAAAUGCUAGUGAUGAGCUCGAGAGGGAGAGGAACACGGUAUUAAGAAAAAUCCCACUGGACUCUAAGGAAAAGCUUGAUUUCAUUUGUGAUCUCGUCUCUGGUAAACUAGUGGACGUAGGGUUUUCUAAAGAUGAAGAAAGCUUUAUCAUCUGCCUAAAGGGUUUGGAGAACCAGGUGAGCACAGCAGAAGGUGCCGUGAAAGAGGCCCUGGGGAAAGUUGAAGCCAAACUCCUUGAGAUAUCAAUGCCUCUGGUGGAGUUCCUAAAGUCUGUGGACCUGAAGAAGAUUGAGAAGAACCACUUUGCCCAGAACAACAUAUCAUCGGUGUUCCUCCUUGGUAAUGAUUCCAUCCAGAUCCUGGCAGAUAGAACUGACAUCCAGAGAGCUGAAGACAAACUACACGAGGUCAUCAAAGAGGAAGUCAUCAAACUCACACCAGACCAAACCCACGUGACAAAGGGCGAACAAUGGCUGCAGUUCUUUGCCGGACUCGACGGGGAGCUCAAAUCCACCAAGAACAACCACAAUGUCAUCAUCUCAGUUUCACAGGAGAAGAUCGGUGUCUGUGGAUUCUCCAAUGUUGUAGCAGAUGUGUCAGGGAAGUUAAGGGGAUACCUGGAUAACAAGAAGCCAGAAACAGUGGACGUCCCUCUCAAAUCAGUGCAGGAAGUACAGUAUGUGGCCUCUUGUAUGAAACUCUCAGAGGUCCCUGAAAUUAAGGCCCUUGGCGUGACUAUACUGCCAUGCAAAACACAAGGAUCCCCUUGCCUGAAGAUCACUGCAGCCAGGGAUAAAAUCAAAGAGGCCUUAGAUGCAGUGAAACAGCAGGUCAGUACAAUAACGACAGAGAAGUAUACAUACUCCGAAGCCGGCAAGUCCAAAGUCCUGGAGAAGAACCGAGUUGCUCUGCAGGCUAAGGCCAAGGAUUUAGGGUGUAAGCUCUACCUAUCACCAUUGAUUACCCACUGCCAGAAAUACAGCUACGACAUAGAAGGGUGCGUCACUUUAACCGUGGGUCAGGGUAACAUCUCCCAACAUGCUGCAGAUGCUCUGAUCUGCCCUCUGAGCAGCAGCCUGGCCUUCGAUACUCAGAUCGCCAAGCAAUUCCUUCAGAUGGGUGGGCCUGAGAUCAGGAAGGUGUGUGACAAGUUCCUGAAGGAAAGGCAAACUCUACAGGCGGGAGAUGUGGUCUUGUCCAACCCAGGAACCCUUGGAACUAAACACCUCAUCUAUGCAGGCAUUCCUGUAUUGGGGGAUGCUUCCACACCUCUCAACAUUGUCUAUCUGCAGUCUGCUGUCAGGGACAGUUUAUUGGGAGCAGAAAAAAUGAAGUGUGUCUCCAUAGGCAUGCCAGUGAUGGGGUAUGGCACCUUUGGUUUUUCUGUCAAAGAAAGCUGUGUAGCAGUUAUCAAGGGAAUCCUAGAUUUCAUCAACGCUGAUCAGAAACCCCCCCAACUGAGGAGCAUAUUUGUGAUCGACUCUGAUGCCAAGCUAGUGGGGGAGUUCCAAUCAGCUAUUGAAGGAAAGGGUUAUCGUCGUCAACAAAAAAACAGCAAACCAGCAAAAGGCACAACUCCAACUUCUCCCCCUGCAGCCAACGCCUCACAUAACACACCUCCACCACCACCCCUAGCGGCUAAACCAGGUUCAGACAUCAAAGUGAUUAUAGGUGGCGUGUCAGUGAUCCUGAAGAAGGGCGACAUCACCAAAGAGACAGUGGAUGUCAUAGUGAAUUCCAACAACCAAAAUCUGGAUCUGAACUCUGGGGUUUCUGGAGCCAUCCUGCAAGCGGCUGGGAAAUCUGCAGCAGAUGAAUGCAAAAUAAUUGGUAUGCUGAAGGCCGAUGGUGUUGUGCUCACUUGUGGUGGGAACCUAAACUGUAAAAACAUAGCUCAGAUGGUUGGGCCCAAGAAUUCUGCAGGUAUCAUCACCUCCAUAGAGAAGGUCCUUCAGCUGUGUGAGAGCCAGAAUGCAGCCACAGUGUCCAUCCCUACUAUUGGCACAGGGAAAGGUGGGAUUGAACCCAAAGAUUGCAUCAAGGCCAUUCUAAAAGGACUGGAGAGCCACACGUCACAGAUGACCUCAUCCAGCAUCAAAAUCAUUUUCAUAGUGGCCUUUGAGCAGAAGAUCUUUGACUCCUUGAGAAAUUACUUUAACAAAAGGAACCUGCCCCCACACAAAAUCAAGCAGGCUGCAGCCACACCUUCUCAGUCCAGUCUUCCCCCAAAUCACGUUAAGAUCCAUGGUGUCAGAAUUGAAUUGAGGAAAGGCAACAUUACUCAAGAAACUGUCAGAGGCAUUGUGAAUAGCACCAACGCUGAUAUCAGCUUCACAGGAGGAGUUAGUGCGGCGAUCAUCAAAGCAGCUGGGAGCGCAGUUGAACAGGAGUGCAAAACCAUUUGCCCUCUGAGGGCUGAUGCAGCAGGGGUGACCAGUGGCGGGGCCCUUCAGUGUGACUUCAUCAUCCACAUACUGGGGCCCCACUCUGUGGCUGAAGCUACACGACGAGUCACCAAGGUCCUGGAGUGCUGUGAGGACAAACAGAUCACCACUGUGUCCUUCCCUGCUCUUGGCACUGGUGGUGGUGGCCUUAGUGGCACAGACUCUAUUGGUGCCACCCUCCAGGGCAUCCAGGAUCAUCUAUCACUGUGCUCCUCCUCUACCAUCAUUAAACUGAUCUGCAUCGUCAUCUACGAGGACAAGAUCCUGCAGGAGUUUCAGCUGGGGCUCAACCAGUGGAAGACAGACCAGAUGGUUGAAGACAACAGUGACUAUGAUCUUGAGGAUGAUCUUUAUGGUGAUGAAGAUGACAGUGAUAUAUGGAACACCAACUCUGAGGAAGAUGACACCAGUGUUCAGACAGGAAACACAAUUGAAGCAAUAAUUGGGCCAGUGAAGGUCAAGGUAGUAUGUGGUGACAUCACUAAGGAGAAAACGGACGCCAUCGUCAGCAGUACAAACACGAGCCUCGAUCUGAACUGUGGUGUAUCAGGAGCCAUUCUAAAAGCGGCUGGACAGACAGUCGUGGACGAGUGCAAAGCCUUAGGGACCCAACCCAGUGAUGGUGUUGUCAUGACCAAGCCUGGGAAUCUCAAGACCAAGCACAUCAUCCACAUGGUGGGACAGACCAAGGAGAAGGAGAUCACCAGCUCCAUGCUUAAAGCGUUAAAGAUGUGUGAAGACGAGAAAAUACAAUCGGUCUCUUUCCCAGCGCUCGGAACAGGUGCUGGUAACUUGGGAGCAGUGCAGGUCGGGAAUGCAAUGAUGGCCGCAAUAGCUGAUUUACUGAUAAGCGUCAGAACUCCGUCAGUUACAGCGAUUCACAUUGUUAUCUUCCAAAACAAGAUGAUAAAGGACUUUGAGGAGGUUAUGAAAAAGUUCAAGAAGGUGAUCCCCAAGGCUGCAGCCAAAAAGUCAUCAAAAACUGCCAAAACAACCAGACCAACCCAGCCCAUCCCUACCAAACCAGCCCUGUUUUUGGCCAGUGCCACAGCAGCCGUGGUCUUCCCCAGUAUGGAGGCUGUGGUGUAUGGGCCCUCCCCUGCCAGCCUGACCAAGGUGAAGAAACUCCUGGACGAGCUGAUCUCUGAGGAGUGCAUUAGCCAGGACCUUCUCUCCAGCCACCUGCCCUUGCUCCUGGAGGCGCAGAAGGAGGCCAUCGUGGCCCUGAGCCAGAAGAACCAGGUCCAUGUGCUGGUGGCGUCCCCAGACAAGAUGACCAUCUCUGGGAAGAAAGAUGACGUUUUCUCCGCCGUCCUCCAGAUUAAGGACUAUCUGCAGGGGGCAAGGGACAGGGAGAGCCGGGAGGGAGAGGAGAAGAGGCUGAGGGAGACAGUGCGCUGGGAGGCGGGGGAGGGAGAGACCUGGGGAGAGCUGGACUGUAGUCUAAGCUAUGAUCUGGAGCUGGCCUUCCACAAGAAAGAGAAGCUUUUUAAAUAUAACCACCAGGGGGAGACAUUCACUGUGGACCUGAAGGACAUGCAGCAGACUGACAGCAAAGGGACCAUCACCAGGGUCAAAAGGAGCCUUGUGGCGGACUCUGAAACAGCCGUCAUUCAGUUCCCACAGAGCUGGACUAGAAUGGAGGGUAAGGAUCUGGAGAUCGUCACACUGGCUUCCAAUUCAGCAGAGUACCAGAGAAUUGAGAAGGAGUUCAUUGCAACCAGCAAGGACCCAAAUACUAAUACGCAGCCAACCAUUCAAAUUAUCCAGAUCCAGAGGAUUCAGAGCAAAGACCAGUGGCAGAGGUACGCAGUGAAAAAACAGGCGAUGGAUAAGAAGUAUCCCAAAAACAAGAACGAGCUGAACCUUUACCACGGAACAACCAAAGACAUCUGUCAGAAAAUCAACACCUGUGGUUUCAACAGGAGCUUCUGUGGGAGAAACGCUACUGCAUACGGCGACGGGACUUACUUUGCCAAAGAGAUGUGGUACUCGUGCCACGAUGCAUACUCCAAACCAGAUGCCAGUGGGCUGAAGUACAUGUACCGUGCCAGGGCACUGGUGGGUUCACCCUGCCUGGGGGUGCAUGGCAUGAAGGAGCCUAUCCCCCUGAACCCCGCUGACCUCCGCCAGGGGCUACAUGACUGUGCCGUCAAUGAUCUGCAGAAUCCAUUUAUCUAUGUGGUGUUCUGUGAUGCAGGUGCCUAUCCAGACUACCUCAUCAGCUUCAAGACCAUCUGAGAGAUGGGAAUAUUAUUUUAAGGGCUUGUCAAGUACUUAGGAGGCAAGUAGACCUUUAUGCCUUAAAGUGGAGUAUUGAUAUUUUCUUAGGUAUGAGGCUCUUUAACCAGGUCGAAGCUGUGCACAUGCAGCAGCUACUCUACAUCCACAUAACACGUACAAAUACAUGACAAAGUACAGAGAACAUAAGAUAUUAAAAUAAGUUAUAGUUGAAGUCGUUAGUUUACAUACACCUUAGCCAAAUACGUUUUUCACAAUUCCUGACAUUUAAUUCUAGUAAACAUUCUGUGUCUUAGGACAGUUAGGAUCACCCCUUUAUUUUAAGAAUGUGAAAUGUCAGAAUAAUAGUUGAGAAUUAUUUAUUUCAGCUUCUAUUUCUUUCAUCACAUUCCCAGGGGGUCAGAAGUUUACAUACACUCAAUUAGUAUUCUGUAGCAUAGCCUUUAAAUUGCUUAACUUGGGUCAAACGUUUCGGGUAGCCUUCCACAAGCUUCCCACAAUAAGUUGGGUGAAUUUUGGCCCAUUCCUCCUAACAGAGCUGGUGUAACUGAGUCAGGUUUGUAGGCCUCCUUGCUUUCUAUGGGAUUGAGAUCAGGGCUUUGUGAUGGCCACUAAAGCCAUUUUGCACAACUUCGGAAGUAUGUUUGGGGUCAUUGUCCAUUUGGAAGACCCAUUUGCGACCAAACUUUAACUUCCAGACUGAUGUCUUGAGAUGUUGCUUCAAUAUAUCUCCAUGAUUUUCAUUCGCCAUGAUGUCAUCUAUUUUGUGAAGUGUACCAGUCCCUUCUGCAGCAAAGCACCCCCACAAGAUAAUGCUUCACGGGUUGGGAUGGUGUUCUUCGGCUUGCAAGCCUCCCCCUUUUUCCUCCAAACAUGACGAUGGACAUUAUGGCCAAACAGUUCUAUUUUUAUUUCAUUAAACAAGAGGACAUUUCUCCCAAAAAUAUCUUUGUCCCCAUGUGCAGUUGCAAACCGUAGUCUGGCUUUUAUGGCGGUUUUGAAGCAGUGGCUUCUUCCUUGCUGAGUAGCCUUUCAGGUUAUGUCAAUAUAGGAUUCGUUUUACUGUGGAUAUAGAUACUUUUGUACCUGUUUCCUCCAGCAUCUUCACAACAUCCUUUGCUGUUGUUCUGGGAUUGAUUUGCACAAGUACUUUCAUUUCUAGGAGACAGAACUUGAGCAGUAUGACGGCUGCGUGGUCCCAUGGUGUUGAUACAGAUGAACGUGGUACCUUCAGGAUGAACCAGACCUGUGGAGGUCUAAAAAACAAAAAACAAUUUGGAGGUCUUGGUGGAUUUCUUCUGAUUUUCCCGUGAUGUCAAGCAAAGAGGCACUGAGUUUGAAGGUAGGCCUUGAAAUACAUCCACAGGUACACCUCCAAUUGACUCAAAUUAUGUAAAUGAGCCUAUGAGAAGCUUCUUAAGCCAUGACUGAAUUUUCCAAGCUGUUUAAAGGCAGUCAAUUUAGUGUAUGUAAACUUCUGACCCACUGGAAUUGUGAAAUAAUCUGUAAACAAUUGUUGGGACAAUUGUGUCAUGAAAAAAGUAGAUGUCCUAACCGUCUUGCCAAAACUAUAGUUUAACAAGAAAUGUGGAGUGGUUGAAAAAUGAGUUUAAGACUCCAACUGUAUAUAUAGAAAAGACAGACAACAAAAAUACUUCUUAUAUACAGUUGUAUACAGCCUCAAUGGUUGUUUUUGAAAUUAUCAUGACAAUGUUAGCUGGGUCGUUCCACCAAUUCAGUGCCUUUUGAGAAGUGUAACUUCACCUAAUUUUAACAUGAUCAUAAGAGCACAUGCAUGUUCAAGAAAAGUUGUUUUCCCCAUUUCAAGGGGUUAAAUAAAAUACUAUAGUAAUCUUAAAUCAGCCAUGAAAAUAGAAGCUUGUUGUGUGCAACGGAGGGGCAAUUGAAUGCAAGCUUACAUUUUGUAUAACAUUUCUAGCCAGUCUAUGGGGAACAGGGUUGAUGUGUAUUGCUCGACCUACUCAGUUUUCUACCACAAAACACUAGCAAAUGAACAGUAGAACCAGCUCACCUGCUUUUACACUGAUUUGACUGUUUAUUUUCUAAAUAAAUAGUUUGACCAUAUUAAAACAAGAGUUCACAUAAUGAAUAACUUAAUUAGGGACAGAUGUAAAUUAAUCAGUAUCCUGUGCUAUAUAUAUAUAUAUUAUAAAGUACUGCUGCGAAAGCAAGAAUCUCAAAUCAAUUGUAUUUUGCACAUCUGUAAUCAAUAAAGAUCUGAUUGAGUCA